CCCAUGGCCCGGUCUAGGGUCGGUCCCCCGUGGCGCAGGCUAGCUACAAUUGCUCUAACAAACAAACAUGCUGCAUUUUGCACAGAGAGGCACACCGAGACAACGUCUGCUGGCAUUGCAUCCUCUUUUUACUCGGUCAAAUCUUAUCUUCCACUGUAAAGACCAUCGCCUACCAACUUAUCUUGCUACAUGUAAUAUACAAGUAUCGCACGCUUGCUCGAAACCCCGUUGCCUCUUCCUUAACGCUUUUACAAGGCUGCGGUCUGUGAUAUGCGAUAAUGGAUCCUGUUUCUUUAGCCGGCCUUGGUCUUGGUGCAGCUUCAAUCACUUUUCAAAUAUUUGAAGGGAUUAAGAUGGGUUACGGGAUAUUUGAGGAUGCGGCCGACAUGCCAGAGCACUGUGAAUCGCUAAGGCUGAGGCUGCGGCUCGAAUGCACUCGCCUCCUAGACUGGGGCGAUCUUUCUGGCCUUUCGGAACCCGAGAAUCAUUCGAAGUUCGAUCGGAAGCUAAAAGCAAAUCGGGCAACUAUUAUAGCCCUUCUGAGCGAGAUGAAAAUGAUAAUCGACAAGAUCCAGAAGAUAAGUCUACGAUCUGACUGUAUCCUGCUCCCCGGCAUCGACAUCGCAGCGGCCCAAGGAACUAGUAUGGCUAAAGAGCUGCAUCUAGCUAAUGGGAAAGAAGAUCUUAAGGGCGUCGACAUAGAGCAGUUUUGCAGCAUUCUUAGGCCCAUGGAGGACCAGCUCAACAACAAGAAGAGAACCCUAUUAACAAGGAGUUUGAGACGAGUUGUAGAUAUCGGCCAGGGUAUAGCAGACGUUGCUAAACAGCCCGGCCGCAUUCGCUGGGCCCUAAGUGAUAAAGAAGCAUUCCAGACCCACGUUAGGCGUCUAAAGGAGCUAACAGACUACCUACAUGAGACUCUUGGUGAUCACCAGAUGAGCAUCCUGAUUGAACAGACGAAGGAGACGUGCAUGGCUAUGCUGCAGAUGACGAGCUCCAUUAGCGAGAUGAAGGAGCUUAUUGAGGCAGUCGAGAUUGCAACUAGCCAUGCCAGUAUUGAGUCGGAAACACGCGCCUGGCUGCCUCUUGGUGACUUUGUAGAUAGACAAGCUUCAGUCAGCGAGUCUGUCUCAACAAUCUCUAUACUAGAGCGUCGAGAGACGCUAUUUACCCAGCUGACAGAAUUUCGAUAUCAUGUAGCUAGCCUACAAAUUGGUGUGCCAAAGAAUAGAGAGGUAACGGGUCUUAAACUCCAGGGGAGGGAGCUAGAUAAUCUAAAGUUCGACCACACCAGGGCGACAGGCAACGGCCGGACCCCGGCAACCUAUCUGGGAGCGGCAGCUUGGGUAGAGUGGAAGGCCUACCGCAUCACUCGACAUAAAGAUGAGCAUGGCAAAUUCUAUUACGGCCCUACGCCUCUCGCCACGGCCAACCUAGAGCGCUUAGCAGCCAUUCUCCACAUAGACAAGCGGCCAACACAGUUCCGCGUGCCGCUAUGCGCCGGAUACUUUGAUGACGAAAUCAACGAGCGCUUUGGGCUUAUCUAUCAAGUGCCCUACGCAACACCGCAGUUGGCAGAAACCAUCUCUCUAUCCCAACUAUUGCUACAGCAAAAUAGCCUCCCCCCUCUCCAGAGCCGCAUCCGUCUUGCCAAGGAGCUUGUGACCUCUCUCUACUUUCUACACGCCGUCAACUGGCUACAUAAAGGCCUCCGCGACGAAAGCAUACUUGUCCUAACGCAGAAUGGACGUCCGGACUACUCCCAGCCAUUCAUCAGCGGCUUCGAAUACUCCCGCCCGGACGAAACUGACCUUACUACGACCGCGGCUCCGGAUACUUGGGCUGUAUACGCCCAUCCAGACUACCAGGGCUUCGACAGGAAGACUUACCGCAAGACCUUUGACAUUUACAGCCUAGGAAUUAUCUUGCUUGAGAUUGCCUUGUGGAAACCGGCCGAGGAGAUUCUCGGCUUUGGGCAGCCCUCUGUGUCUACUGGAGAGAAGAACAAAUCUCCGGGAACAAUGGACGAGUCUCAGGAAAAGAAGGUUUAUUCGAAGGAUUCUCUACAAGAUCUCAAGAACAUCAGGAGCCGCCUUCUCAUAGACGAGCCGUCUCUGCUCGAGCAAGUCCGCGCGACGAUGGGAUCUCGGUAUCACGACGCGGUGAAAUCCUGCAUCGGUGGUCUUGAGUAUUUCAACCUUCCGACUGAAGCCGACGAGACUAGCCCAGUCAUAGCGACUCUACUCCAGCAGGCGUAUCUCCGUUUAGUGGUGGAUAUCUUACGAAGUAUCAGAGUGUGAUCAGUAGCUCGUUGCCUUAGCUAGAUCGCACCGAUAGUUCUCUUUAGUAAAUAGGUAUAAGUCUUCCACGGUGAGUGCGAACUUUGUCAUCUGUGGAUGGUUUAUAAGUUUUGGCUCCAGAAGCCAUCACUUAUCGUGGGGAUACACAAGUGGAGGUGUAUAGCAAGUAGGGAGCCCUCAAACCAGCCCUGUACGCCACCACCACCAGGGAGCGUGUUAUAGGUGUGCGAGAUGGACCAACCAAAGACGGCAGUUGUUGAGAUUCCGAUGGUGUAACAUUGCAAGCGGAGAGUCAAGAGAAGGAAUUCGCCAACAGGAGAUAUUAUUUUAUUUUAAAGAAAUCCACGUCAAACUAAUGGAUAUCCACAGCAAAAUUGUCUUAACAGAGACCUCUCACUCUCCACGACAGCAUGGCUCUGGUUAUUUUCAGGAGAUCUUCCAAAGAUCCACAGGACGAGGAUCCACAACCGCUGCGAAAACGAUGUUGGAGCGAGUAGCCGCGAUCAGAUAUUCUCCACCACCCACCUCCUUAUACCCCAUGACUUUUCCACCCUCGUUACAAUUUGUAAAGAUCCAUUGCAGUCCCAGUGCCGCAUCCCAGCUACAUCUACCAGUUAGUUACGCGAGCCAGAGAGAAAACCAAGCACGGGAGAGUAGGGAAGGAAGUAUGUAACUCUUACCACUUCGCGGUAGAGAAAACGUAUGGAACGUCCCAACCCAAAUUCGCUCUAUGUCCGUUCUUGUUUAACCCACUAAUCUUAGCGCUGCCAAUCCUGCAGAGUUCGCGUUCUCUGCAGGUAUAGUCGCCGAGGGCGACGAGGUAGUUGUAGCACGCAAUUACGUCGUCGACGUUGGCGGCAUAUUCGGAUCCCUCGCUAGAGCUACGGCAGCGGGUGUGCUGUGUGUAUUUAUCAUCAACCCGGGUCGCGACUGUGGAUGGUUGGUUAGUUCGUUUGCUGGGGUGAUAAAAUGGGGUGCGGGAGUGGGUGG